AUGUUCGCCGCCAUCAAAAUCGCCAAGUUUGGCAUCCAGAAGAUCUCCGACCGUAAGGCCCAAAACCAACAGGCCCAAUACCCCAACUACCAGUACCCUCCGCCCCAGCAAUACCCCAUGCAGGAGUACCCCCCCGGGCUUCAUACCCAGUUCGAAAGCGCUCCACCCAAGCGCAGCAACAAAAUGGGCAUGUUGACCACCUUCAUCCGCUUCGUGCAAUUCGUCCUCGCUCUUACCGUCAUGGGCCUCUACGGCACCGACGUCCGCCACGACCACGAGGACAAGCACACCUGGCACGCAAAAUGGGUCUUCGCGCUGAUCGUCAGCUUCUUCGCCUCCGUGACCUCAGCCGCGCACCUGAUCUUGCCCUUCUGCAUGUCCCGCACGAGCACCUUCGCGAGCCCCAAGCUCAAGAUGCCCCAGUUCGCCUGGGAGUUCGUGCUCUGCAUUCUGUGGCUGGUGCUGUUUGGCAUCUUCGGCCGCAUGUAUAUCGGCGUCUAUCCGGAUGAGGACUCGAAGAGUAAGCGUGGUUCGGACAACACUUCGGAUACGAGUAGCCUUGGUGAUGCGAGUAAGAUUACUCGAAUGCGCCAUGCUGUCUGGUUUGAUUUGACGAAUCUUAUUUUGUGGGUGUUUACCGCGGCGUUGGUGUUGAUGAGCUGGUUGAAGAGCCGACGUGCCGCCCCUGUGCCUGAUUUCGAAAAGGUGUGA